GCAGUCUCCUGGCCAGUUCUCUGCCGCGCUCCCGCGGCGGGUGUCCGGUGUCCAAUUCCGAGGGCUCGACUGGCUGGGGCUGGGCUAGCUUGUGUGCCCGCAGCGGGUAGUGGCAGGCAUUCUCUGAGCAACAGGAGCCCAGAGAAAGAGGGAACAUCACCUGCAGCGGAGAGAACGCCAGGGGAAGGAAGCCGGGAGCAAGUAAGGGCCCCUGAAGCCUGCACCCUCCCUGGGGCGAGACCCUGCGGGCACUCUGGAUGGACGUGGUCCGCGGCAAGGUAGCAAGCCUCUUAUGUAAGGAGCUGAAAGGGAAAUAAAAUAUACAGGAUGAAAAGAUGGCAGCGUUGCCUCCCCCAGGACCUCAGAGCUUCGUCUACUUCACAAAACAAUCUCUUGCCCUCAUUGAACAACGCAUUGCUGAAGGAAAAACAAAGGAACCCAAAGAAGAAAAGAAAGAUGAUGAGGAAGAAGGCCCGAAGCCAAGCAGUGACUUGGAAGCUGGCAAACAGCUCCCCUUCAUCUAUGGGGACAUCCCCCCAGGGAUGGUGUCUGAGCCCCUGGAGGACCUGGACCCCUACUACGCAGACAAAAAAACUUUCAUAGUGUUAAACAAAGGGAAAACAAUCUUCCGUUUCAAUGCUGCCCCUGCUUUGUACAUGCUUUCUCCUUUCAGUCCUCUAAGAAGAAUAUCUAUUAAGAUUUUAGUACAUGCCUUAUUCAGCAUGCUUAUCAUGUGCACUAUUCUGACGAACUGCAUAUUUAUGACCAUGAGUAACCCUCCAGAUUGGACCAAGAAUGUAGAGUACACUUUUACUGGAAUAUAUACUUUUGAAUCACUUGUAAAAAUUCUUGCAAGAGGCUUCUGUAUAGGAGAAUUCACUUUCCUUCGUGACCCGUGGAACUGGCUUGAUUUUGUCGUCAUUGUUUUUGCGUAUUUAACAGAAUUUGUAAACCUAGGCAAUGUUUCAGCUCUUCGAACUUUCAGAGUGUUGAGAGCUUUGAAAACUAUUUCUGUAAUCCCAGGCCUGAAGACCAUUGUGGGGGCUCUGAUCCAGUCUGUGAAGAAGCUCUCUGAUGUCAUGAUCCUGACUGUGUUCUGUUUGAGCGUCUUUGCACUGAUUGGGCUGCAGCUCUUUAUGGGCAACCUGAAGCACAAAUGUGUGCGGUCACCCCUUGAAACUAAUGAAACAAUAGAAAGCAUAUUGCUUAACCUCGAUGAAGCAGACUAUAAAAAAUAUUUGUAUUACUUGGAGGGAUCCAAAGAUGCUCUCCUUUGUGGUUUCAGCACAGAUUCAGGUCAGUGCCCAGAAGGGUACAUCUGUAUGAAGGCUGGCAGGAACCCUGAUUAUGGCUACACGAGCUUCGAUACCUUCAGUUGGGCCUUCUUAGCCUUGUUUCGACUAAUGACCCAGGAUUACUGGGAAAACCUUUACCAACAGACACUGCGUGCAGCUGGGAAAACCUACAUGAUCUUCUUUGUUGUGGUGAUUUUCCUGGGCUCCUUUUAUCUAAUAAACUUGAUCCUGGCUGUGGUUGCUAUGGCCUAUGAAGAACAGAACCAGGCAAACAUCGAAGAAGCUAGGCAGAAAGAAUUAGAAUUUCAACAGAUGUUAGAGCGACUUAAAAAAGAGCAAGAGGAAGCUGAGGCAAUAGCACUGGCAGCAGCUGAAUACACAAGCAUUGGGAGAAGCCGAAUAAUGGGCCUCUCGGAGAGUUCUUCUGAAACAUCCAAGCUGAGCUCCAAAAGUGCUAAAGAAAGAAGAAACAGAAGGAAGAAAAAGAAUCAAAAAAAGCUCUCCAGUGGGGAAGAAAAGGGAGAUGAUGAGAAACUAUCCAAAUCAGAAUCAGAGGAGAGCAUCAGGAGAAAAAGUUUCCACCUUGGUGUUGAAGGCCACAUGCGAGCUCGUGAAAAGAGAUUGUCCACCCCUAACCAGUCACCGCUCAGCAUCCGUGGCUCCUUGUUUUCUGCAAGGCGGAGCAGCAGAACAAGUCUUUUUAGUUUCAGAGGUCGAGGAAAAGAUAUUGGAUCUGAAACAGAAUUUGCCGACGAUGAACAUAGCAUUUUCGGAGACAAUGAGAGCCGAAGGGGCUCACUGUUUGUGCCACAUAGACCUCGGGAGCGACGCAGCAGUAACAUCAGUCAGGCCAGUAGAUCCCCCCCAGUGCUGCCGGUGAACGGGAAGAUGCACAGUGCCGUCGACUGCAAUGGUGUGGUCUCCUUGGUUGAUGGACACUCAGCUCUCAUGCUCCCCAAUGGACAGCUUCUGCCAGAGGUGAUAAUAGAUAAGGCAACUUCUGAUGACAGCGGUACAACCAAUCAAAUACGCAAGAAAAGACGUCCCAGUUCUUACCUCCUUUCUGAGGAUAUGUUGAAUGAUCCCAAUCUCAGACAAAGGGCUAUGAGUCGGGCAAGCAUAUUAACAAACACUGUUGAAGAACUUGAGGAAUCCAGACAAAAAUGCCCGCCUUGGUGGUACAGAUUUGCACACACAUUCUUGAUCUGGAAUUGCUCUCCAUAUUGGAUAAAGUUCAAAAAACUUAUUUAUUUUAUUGUAAUGGAUCCUUUUGUAGAUCUUGCUAUUACCAUUUGCAUAGUUUUAAACACAUUGUUCAUGGCUAUGGAACAUCACCCCAUGACUGAUGAAUUCAAAAAUGUGCUCACUGUGGGAAAUUUGGUCUUUACUGGCAUCUUUGCAGCUGAAAUGGUGUUAAAACUAAUUGCCAUGGAUCCAUAUGAGUAUUUUCAAGUAGGAUGGAAUAUAUUUGACAGCCUUAUUGUGACCUUAAGCUUAGUGGAACUUUUCCUAGCGGAUGUGGAAGGAUUGUCAGUUCUACGAUCAUUCAGACUGCUCCGAGUUUUCAAGUUGGCAAAAUCUUGGCCAACACUGAACAUGCUGAUAAAGAUCAUUGGCAAUUCUGUGGGGGCUCUAGGUAACCUGACCUUGGUGUUGGCCAUCAUUGUCUUCAUCUUUGCUGUGGUCGGCAUGCAGCUCUUUGGCAAGAGCUACAAAGAAUGUGUCUGCAAGAUCAAUGAAGACUGUACACUCCCACGCUGGCACAUGAAUGACUUCUUCCACUCCUUCCUGAUUGUGUUCCGGGUGCUGUGUGGAGAGUGGAUAGAGACCAUGUGGGACUGCAUGGAGGUCGCUGGUCAGGCCAUGUGCCUUAUUGUUUACAUGAUGGUCAUGGUCAUUGGAAACCUGGUGGUUCUCAACCUAUUUCUCGCCUUAUUACUGAGCUCAUUUAGUUCAGACAAUCUUACAGCCAUUGACGAAGACACUGAUGCAAACAAUCUCCAGAUCGCAGUAACCAGAAUUAAGAAAGGAAUAAAUUAUGUGAAACAGACCUUACGUGAAUUUAUUCUAAAAGCAUUCUCCAAAAAGCCUGAGAUUUCCAAAGAGAUAAGACGAGCAGAAGAUCUAAAUUAUAAGAGAGAAAACUAUAUCUCUAACCGCACACUUGCUGAAAUGAGCAAGGAUCACAAUUUCCACAAAGAAAAAGAUAAAACCAGUGGUUUGGGGAACAGUGUGGACAAAUACUUGAUGGAAGAAAGUGAUUGUCAAUCAUUUAUUCACAAUCCCAGCCUCACAGUGACAGUGCCAAUUGCACCUGGGGAAUCUGAUUUGGAAAUUAUGAAUACUGAGGAACUUAGCAGUGAUUCAGAUAGUGAAUACAGCAAAGGGAGGCUGAACCGAUCGAGUUCCUCCGAGUGCAGCACCAUUGAUAACCCUUUGCCAGGAGAAGGAGAAGAAGCAGAAGCUGAGCCUGUAAAUUCAGAUGAGCCAGAGGCCUGUUUUACAGAUGGUUGUGUACGGAGGUUCCCAUGCUGCCAAGUGAACAUAGAAUCAGGGAGAGGAAAAAUCUGGUGGAAUAUCAGGAAAACCUGCUACAGGAUCGUUGAGCACAGUUGGUUUGAAAGCUUCAUUGUUCUCAUGAUCCUGCUCAGCAGUGGUGCUCUGGCUUUUGAAGAUAUAUAUAUUGAAAAGAAAAAGACCAUCAAGAUUAUCCUGGAGUAUGCUGACAAGAUAUUUACUUAUAUCUUCAUUCUGGAAAUGCUUCUAAAAUGGGUAGCAUAUGGUUAUAAAACCUAUUUCACCAAUGCAUGGUGUUGGCUGGAUUUCUUAAUUGUCGAUGUUUCUUUGGUUACUUUAGUCGCAAACACUCUUGGCUACUCAGACCUUGGUCCCAUUAAAUCCCUUCGGACACUUAGAGCUUUAAGACCUCUAAGAGCUUUAUCUAGAUUUGAAGGAAUGAGGGUGGUCGUGAAUGCCCUCAUAGGUGCAAUUCCUUCCAUCAUGAAUGUGCUCCUUGUGUGUCUUAUAUUCUGGCUAAUAUUUAGCAUCAUGGGAGUAAAUCUGUUUGCUGGCAAAUUCUAUGAGUGUAUUAACACCACAGACGGGUCACGGUUUCCUACAAGCGAAGUUGAAAAUCGUUCUGCAUGUUUUGCGCUUAUGAAUGUUAGUCAAAAUGUGCGAUGGAAAAACCUGAAAGUGAACUUCGAUAAUGUUGGACUUGGUUACCUGUCUCUGCUUCAAGUUGCAACAUUUAAGGGAUGGAUGGAUAUUAUGUAUGCAGCGGUUGAUUCUGUUAACGUAGACAAGCAGCCCAUAUAUGAGUACAGCCUCUACAUGUACAUUUAUUUUGUCAUCUUUAUCAUCUUUGGAUCAUUCUUCACUUUGAACUUGUUCAUUGGUGUCAUCAUAGAUAAUUUCAAUCAACAGAAAAAGAAGCUUGGAGGUCAAGAUAUCUUUAUGACGGAAGAACAGAAGAAAUAUUAUAAUGCAAUGAAAAAGCUGGGAUCCAAGAAACCACAAAAGCCUAUACCUCGGCCAGGGAACAAAUUCCAAGGAUGUAUAUUUGACCUAGUAACAAACCAAGCAUUUGAUAUCACCAUCAUGGUUCUUAUCUGCCUCAACAUGGUAACCAUGAUGGUAGAAAAAGAGGGACAAAGUUCAUACAUGACUGAAGUUUUAAAUUGGAUCAAUGUGGUUUUUAUUAUCCUUUUCACUGGAGAAUGUGUGCUGAAACUGAUCUCCCUCAGACACUACUACUUCACUGUAGGAUGGAACAUUUUUGAUUUUGUGGUUGUGAUUCUCUCCAUUGUAGGUAUGUUCCUAGCAGAUUUGAUAGAAAGGUAUUUUGUGUCCCCUACCCUGUUCCGAGUGAUCCGUCUUGCCAGGAUUGGCCGCAUCCUGCGCCUGAUCAAAGGGGCCAAGGGGAUCCGCACGUUGCUAUUUGCUUUGAUGAUGUCCCUGCCUGCGCUGUUCAACAUCGGCCUCCUGCUCUUCCUGGUCAUGUUCAUCUACGCCAUCUUUGGAAUGUCCAACUUUGCCUAUGUUAAGAAGGAAGCUGGAAUUAAUGACAUGUUCAACUUUGAGACCUUUGGCAACAGCAUGAUCUGCCUGUUCCAGAUCACCACCUCUGCUGGCUGGGAUGGACUGCUAGCACCUAUUCUUAAUAGUGCACCACCUGAUUGUGACCCCAAAAAAGUUCAUCCUGGAAGUUCAGUUGAAGGAGACUGUGGGAAUCCAUCUGUUGGGAUAUUCUAUUUUGUCAGUUACAUCAUCAUAUCAUUUCUGGUCGUGGUGAACAUGUACAUUGCUGUCAUUCUAGAGAACUUCAGUGUUGCUACUGAAGAAAGUACUGAGCCUCUGAGUGAGGAUGACUUUGAGAUGUUUUAUGAGGUUUGGGAGAAGUUUGAUCCAGAUGCAACACAGUUUAUAGAAUAUAGCAAACUCUCUGAUUUUGCAGCUGCCCUGGAUCCUCCUCUCCUCAUAGCAAAACCAAACAAAGUACAGCUCAUUGCCAUGGAUCUUCCCAUGGUUAGUGGAGACCGAAUCCAUUGUCUUGACAUCUUAUUUGCUUUUACAAAGCGCGUUUUGGGCGAAAGUGGAGAGAUGGACUCUCUUCGUUCACAAAUGGAAGAAAGGUUCAUGUCUGCAAAUCCUUCUAAAGUGUCCUAUGAACCCAUCACAACUACACUAAAACGAAAACAAGAGGAUGUGUCUGCUACUGUUAUUCAACGUGCUUACAGACGUUACCGCUUACGGAAAAAUGUAAAAAAUAUAUCGAGUAUAUACAUAAAAGAUGGAGACAGAGAUGAUGAUUUGCGCAGUAAAGAAGAUAUGGUUUUUGAUAAUGUCAAUGACAACUCAAGUCCAGAAAAAACAGAUGCAACCCCAUCUACCAUCUCCCCACCUUCCUAUGAUAGUGUAACAAAACCAGACAAAGAGAAAUACGAACAAGACAAAACAGAAAAGGAAGACAAAGGGAAAGAUGGCAAGGAAGGGAAAAAAUAAAUCUUCAUUGUUGAUAUUUUGUUUACAGCCUGUGAAGGUGAUAUACUUGUGUUAAUAAGACUAUUUUAAGGAGGUCUAUGCCAAAACUCUUUUUAUCAAAAUAUUCUCAAAGUCAGUGCAGUUACUAGCUCCGAUUUCCUAACACAGGUGGGCAGCAUUAGCAGAUGGCUAUUUUUGCAUUGGCAAACGAUUCUGUAAGAAUUGUUAAGAGUAACUCUACAGGGAUUAUUGAUUAUAGCAAACAAAGGUGAUUCAAUUUUGUUUACUUUUAAUAAAUCAGAAGACCAUGUAGAAAAUGUUGA